AUGAUCACCGACCUUCUCACCCCGCAGACCACAGGUUUUAUCCUGUUGGGUCUGUUUGCCGCUUACUACAUCCUUCCGUACCUGCAGACAUGGCAUCUACAUGAUAUUCCUUCUCCGAGCUUCGCUGCAUUUAGCAACCUCUGGCUGCUCCUGCAGGCCCGUAGAGGCCACCGGUUCCUGAAAGUGGACGAGGCCCACAAGAAAUAUGGAAAAGUGGUUCGCAUUGCGCCAAAACAUGUCUCCAUUGCGGAUGACGAUGCAAUUCAGGCUAUCUACGGACACGGAAAUGGUUUUCUCAAAUCCGAUUUCUAUGAUGCCUUUGUCUCGAUUCGUCGCGGUCUUUUCAAUACUCGCGACCGUGAAGAACAUACCCGCAAGCGCAAGACUGUCUCUCAUACCUUUAGUAUGAAGUCUAUUGGCCAGUUCGAGCAGUACAUCCACCAAAACGUCGAGCUGUUCGUUCAGCAGUGGACCAAGCUCGCCAAGCUCAACGGUAACCCCCGGUCCGGCUAUGCCACCAUCGACGCUCUCAACUGGUUCAACUAUCUGGCUUUUGACAUCAUUGGCGACCUUGCCUUUGGUGCUCCCUUUGGAAUGCUCGACAAGAGCAAGGAUAUUGCCGAGAUGCGCAAGACGCCUGACUCGCCCCCCACAUAUGUCCAGGCUGUCGAAGUCCUCAACCGCCGUGGUGAGGUGUCUGCUACUCUCGGCUGUCUCCCCAGACUCAUCCCCUACGCCAAAUAUCUCCCCGACCGCUUCUUCAAGGAUGGCAUUCAAGCCGUUGAAAACCUGGCCGGUAUCGCCGUUGCCCGUGUCAACGAGCGCCUCAAGCCCGAAGUCAUGGCUAAGAACACCCGUGUCGAUCUCCUGUCCCGUCUGAUGGAAGGCAAGGACAGCAACGGCAACAAGCUCGGCCGCGAGGAACUCACUGCCGAGGCCUUGACCCAGCUCAUCGCUGGUUCAGACACUACCUCCAACACCACCUGCGCAAUCCUCUACUGGUGCAUGCGUACCCCCGGCGUCAUCCCCAAGCUCCAAAAGGUUCUCGACAAGGCUAUUCCCGACGACGUCGAUGUUCCCACGCAUUCCAUGGUCAAAGAUAUUCCCUACCUGCAAUGGGUCAUCUGGGAAACUAUGCGCAUCCACAGCACCUCUGCCAUGGGCCUUCCCCGUGAGAUUCCCGCGGGCAAUCCCCCGGUCACCAUCUCCGGUCACACUUUCUACCCCGGCGACGUCGUCUCCGUCCCCAGCUACACCCUCCAUCGCUCCAAGGAAAUCUGGGGCCCCGACGCCGAGGAAUUCGUCCCCGAACGCUGGGAUCCCGCCCGCCUUACCGCGCGCCAGAAGGCCGCUUUCAUUCCCUUCUCCACUGGUCCUCGCGCCUGCGUCGGUCGCAACGUCGCCGAAAUGGAACUGCUUGUCAUGACCGGUACAAUAUUCCGGCUCUUCGAGUUUGAGAUGCAGCAGGAUGGACCCAUGGAGACACGUGAGGGCUUCCUGCGCAAGCCUCUGGGACUGGUUGUCGGGAUGAAGCGGAGGGCUGCGCAUGCCUCUGUUUAA